AUGAUCACCGUCGAUGAUCUGAUGAGGAGCUGUGGCGGCGACAGCGGCGGUAUUCCAGUUCCUAGCGGCGACGACGGGCGGCAGAUGCUGGCGAUGGGCGACCACCACCAGCUGACGGUGUCCAGGAUCCGGACGGCUGUGUCCAUGCUCAACCGCCGCACGGGCCACGCGCGCUUCCGCCGCGGCCCCGUCGCGGAGCAGCAUGCAUCGUCGGACCAGCUGCACCCGCCGCCGGAGAGCGCGGCCGGUGGCGUGGCGCUGGACUUCGUCAAGGCGUGCGAGGCGAGGUUCAGCGCGUCGGCCUCGGGGACCAGCUCGUCGCCGCCGUCGACGACGUUGACGAGCCUCACAGUCACAGCCGGCGAAGGGAGCGUGUCCAACGGCCGCGCCCAGGGUCGUUACCUCUUCCAGCCUGUGAGCGGCGGCGGCGGCGGCCACUCUGCCGGGAAGCCGCUGCCACUGGCGGUAUCGAUGCAGCAGCAGCAGCAUGCCUCCCCCGAUUACUUCCCAGGCACCGCGCUGAAAAACGGCAAGUGCCACGACCUCGCGCGCUCCGAGAACGACGCCUGCGGCAAGACACACGGCGACCGCUGCCACUGCUCCAAGAAACGGAAAUCGCGCGUGAAGCGGAUGGUCCGCGUGCCGGCGAUCAGCUCCCGGAACGCGGACAUCCCGCCGGACGACUACUCGUGGCGCAAGUACGGCCAGAAGCCCAUCAAGGGCUCGCCGUAUCCCCGCGGCUACUACAAGUGCAGCACGGUGCGCGGGUGCCCGGCGCGGAAGCACGUGGAGCGAGACCCCGGCGAGCCGGCGAUGCUCAUCGUCACCUACGAGGGCGACCACCGCCACAACGACCAGCAGGACCGGGCGGCCGGCCGCGCGCCGCAGACGGAGCACACGACGACGACGUCCAGUUGA